UCGGGCGGCAGCCUCAAGGCCCGCUUAGGCCUAUCGGGACCGCGGCCACAUGGCGCUGGCCUCCUCCGUGGCCGGCUCCGUCAACGGAGCCCGGAACCUGCUGCAGUUCCUGCGACUGGUGGGGCAGCUCAAGAGAGUCCCACGGACUGGCUGGGUGUACAGAAAUGUCGAGAGGCCAGAGAGUGUAUCAGAUCACAUGUACAGGAUGGCAAUUAUGGCUCUGGUGACCAAAGAUAAUCACCUCAACAAAGACCGAUGUGUACGCCUAGCCCUGGUUCACGAUAUGGCAGAAUGCAUCGUUGGGGACAUAGCACCAGCAGAUAACAUCCCCAAAGAAGAAAAACAUAGGCGAGAAGAGGCAGCUAUGAGGCAGUUAACCCAACUUCUCUCAAAGGAUCUUGGAAAGGAGCUCUAUGAACUUUGGGAAGAAUAUGAGACCCAAUCUAGUGCAGAAGCCAAAUUUGUGAAGCAGCUGGACCAAUGUGAGAUGAUCCUUCAGGCAUCUGAAUAUGAAGACCUUGAGAACAAACCGGGGAGACUGCAGGACUUCUAUGACUCCACAGCAGGAAAAUUCAGUCACCCUGAGAUAGUCCAGCUUGUUUCUGAGCUUGAGGCAGAAAGAAAUGCCAGCAUAGCCGCCGCAGCCAGUGAGCCAGGCUCCUGAGAUGCCCUCUUUGUUGCUGCACUCCCGUAACACACAUCUUAUUUCUCCACUGAAUGCUGUUCUGCUGGCCUGUUGGUCUGUUGAUUUCCCCAGACGUGAGCCUGUUUAUUUUCAAUUGCCUGGACUCCAGCAAGAAACGUGAUACAAUUGGGCCAUAAAAGAAGCCACAGAACAGGAUGUGGUCAUGAAAACACAGGGUUGAGACUUGGGGGUGGGUGUCUUUUUAUGAAUUAAAUACAUAAAUUUUAAAAACCUUAAAGUUUGGAAUAUUUAUUGGAGAUUUAAACACUACUGAAUUUAUAUCCUGCAUCCCCAAGGGCAAGAUUCACUGAAUAAUACAAAGUUUAAUUAUGAUUGCUUUUAAGAGCAGAUUUUUCAGCUGACUUACUGGUAAGGAUCCAGGACAAUGAAUGUAGUAUCUCCUCAGAUGAAAUGCUGCUUUAUUCAUAUGAUCACUCUCUGAAGCCAGAUUUUUAAUUUCACUGUGACCUGCUUUAGGCCUUUGAUCAUGGACUUGUAAACCUGCUAACAGGUUCUGUGCCUUCCUCCAAUUCUGUUUGUUGUUUGGAGAUAUAAAUUGGGGCAUGCAAUUUCAACUGCUACUUGUUUUCAUCUGUGUUUUCUUCUGCGGAUUUACAAAUGUUCAAACCUUGAUUAUAGGAAUGUUUAUCACCAGAUGAGAAAUAUCUAAUAACAAGGGAAUUGCUGGGGUCAUUAGAUCUUAUGUAGGGAGCACAUCAGACCUGGUUUCUUCCCCUCAUCUGCCCUUCAUGGGAUAAGUAAUCUGCCCACUGGCCUUUAAAUGAUGCUCAACCAUUGAGUGGUGAGGAAGGGGAGGCUACUGGUACAGACCUUGCUUGGUAUUUUGCACUGAUAGAUUUUCGCGUAGAAGAUGAUGCCUGUCCCUUUAAUGUAAAUGUCAGUUUCCAUUUGAAGAAAGCCUUUUAGGCUGGCAUGGUGAGAAUUCUAGGCAACGUUUCUUUGGAAACUCUUUGCAGUCUCCAUGGAUACCCAGUCUGCAGGAAGCAGAGUGCAUGAUCUCCAGAAGCAGUGCACACGUGUACAUAUAGCCAGCUUCUCUCUGUUGAAAAGAGCAAUGCUGCUUUGCAUCCCAAUACUGCUGCAUCAUAGCAGUAGUAUUUAAAAGGUGACAAACGGUUGGAAAAUGUGGUGGUUAUUAGAGAUAUAGUUGGUGGGAAAACAGAACUACAUCUAUCAGUAUUUUGGAGUAUUUUUCUCCUGGCAUGAAAACAUGCGCACAAAAUAAGCCAAGAUAAGGUUCAGAUAUUUGCAACUGAAAGAUUGGCCGUGGCCCUGGAGUUUUAUUUGCAAUAUUUUGCCUGCUGUAUUUUUCAUAAAUUUAUGGAGGUACUUUGGAACCCUUUACUGGAUCAGACUUAACACUGGUCAUUUAAUCAUUAUCUAGGUUUCCAUUUACCUGUGGUGGUUCCCACAGGCCCAAGCCUUCCUUACUGAGGUAAUGUUUUUAAAAACAAUGAAAAUGUAAUGGUGCUGUACCUAAAAU